AUUACGGUUCUCUCUUAUGAAAAGAAACAUGUGGCAGAUAUUGAAAGGAAACAAGUGAACCACCAAAUCCAUUCCCACAUUUCAUCUGCUCAAAGUCCAAACCAGUCUUCCCAAGUCGCAAUAUCGCAACAUCUUCCUUCCUCCUCCGCGUCCUCAAACCGAACACGCACUAGACCUGCGCAAAUGGCCGAUUACUCCAAGGCCCACAUCUGCCAGUGCCUCAGACGCAUCUCCACCGUCUGCCGGAACUCUCCGGUCACGAUUUCCGGCGACAGGAGAAAGACCGGCGCUCAGUUCGUCGAAGGAGUUCUGAACCUGGCGCGCGGGCUUCUUCAGAUGGGCCUGCAGCGCGGUGAUGUGGUCGCCAUUUCUGCUCUCAACAGCGAUUUGUACUUGGAGUGGCUGCUUGCUGUUUCAUAUGCAGGAGGAGUUACUGCUCCACUCAAUUAUCGCUGGGUAAGUAGGCCAACAAUGAUAUAUGGAUUGUGUUAAAUUUUAUCCAAUUCUACACUAUCAAG